AUGUUGCCUGUUAAGUUUCUGACUCUUUUUGUAGCACUGGCUUUGCUGCUGCCACUUUCGGUGGUGGCUUUGGAUGUCCACCUCCUCCGUCAGCUAGCAGCAAAACACAACGUGACAACGAUUGUUGUGUUUGGAGACUCUAGUGUCGAUCCGGGAAACAAUAAUUUCCUUAACACCGAGAUGAAAGGAAAUUUUCCACCUUAUGGUGGGAAUUUCAUAAACCAUAGAUCCACCGGAAGAUUAUGCGAUGGAUUGCUCGCACCAGAUUUCAUCGCCGAGGCAAUGGGUUACCCACCGAUACCGGCUUUUCUUGAUCCAACACUAACCCAAACGGAUCUACCUCAUGGUGCAAGUUUUGCCUCGGCCGGUUCUGGUUAUGACGAUCUCACAGCUAACAUAUCCAACGUGUGGAGUUUCUCUACGCAAGCCAAAUACUUUUUGCAUUACAAAAUUCACCUCAAUAAAUUGGUCGGUCCACAAGAGAGCGCGAAAAUGAUUAACAAUGCGAUAUUUCUGUUAAGUAUGGGAUCAAAUGACUUUCUUCAAAAUUACUUGAUCGAUUUUACUCGACAAAAGCAAUUCACAGUUGAGCAAUACAUCGACUUCCUCUCCUCCCGUAUGCUUUACGACGCCAAGAUGUUGCAUAGACUUGGAGCUAGAAGGUUGGUGGUGGUAGGAGUUCCUCCCAUGGGAUGCAUGCCUUUAAUUAAAUACCUACGAGGCCAAACGACUUGCAUUGAUCAAUUAAACCAAAUCGCUUUCUCAUUCAACUCCAAAAUCGUCAAGAAUCUCGAACUUCUGCAAUCUAAAAUCGGUUUGAAAACCAUCUAUGUGGAUGCCUAUUCUACCAUCACGGAAGCCAUUAAAAACCCAAGAAAAUUUGGUUUCGUCGAAGCUUCAAAAGGAUGUUGUGGAACGGGUACCUAUGAAUAUGGAGAGACAUGCAAGGAUAUGAAAGUAUGCAAAGAUCCUUCCAGAUACGUUUUUUGGGAUGCGGUCCAUCCAACACAAAGAAUGUAUCAAAUCAUUGUUAAGAAGGCCAUUGCAUCUAUUAGUGAAGAUUUUCUUGUUUAG